AUGAAUUCCCAAGACGAAGAUUUUAUUUUCGCGUGUUUGCUGGGUGCAUACCUAAAAUCACGUCGUCAAAAUGAAGAGAACCAGCAGCAGUUACAGAGAGGAAAGGCAGGAGUGCAGCAACUAGGAAUGAGACGAAUAAGACGAAUGAAACUUCUCUGCAGUUCCCCGCUUUUAUAUGCUUCCUCUCAGACCGCGUGCGCCGUGUCAGACCGUAGUAGAACGCAACGCACCGGGACCAUAAACCGUAACAUGCCGGGACGAACAGCGAUUGAACGCGAGGAAACGGCUACCAUACACCCUAGUUUGCCGAUGCCAGGAACAGGACCUAAAUCAUCUCCCUGUAUUCUGUGUAAUAAGAGGACUACACCAAACGACAGGGUGACUCAGUAUGCCCGUGUCAGAGCUUUCUUACGGAAAAAAAUGUUUGUUCCUGCCGGCUCUAGAUGUUGCCCAAAACAUAUUGCAGAUAAAGAGUUUACUGACGAUGCACUACAACAAAUGCAGCAAACAAACCCUGACACAAAUAUCAACAGGACAUCCAUUGUAGAACUGCUCCAACAAACUAGGGAAUUCGCUCUACGGAAUGAAAGUAUUAGACUCAACUUUGAUGACGCCAAGAGUAUGGAUAACGAAGAUUAUUAUAAUCUUACUGGGUUGACGAAAGACCAGUUUGAUGAGCUGCUCUCAUACCUGAAAGACGUUGACAUAAGGGCAACCAAGACCAGAAGUGUGAGGACUUGUAUUGCUAUUCUAUUAACCAAAUUGCGUUGUGGAAUGAGCAAUCAUUUGCUUGGAACUCUCUUUGGCAUGCAAAAAUGGCAGAUAAGGCGUGCUGUAUUGACAGCAAAACAUGCUCUGAUGUUGAACUUUGUUCCACAUCAUUUGGGAUUUUCCCACAUUACCCGGGAGGACGUUAAAGAAAACCACACCCGUCCACUUGCAAAAGAGCUGCUCUGUACUGUAACUGAAAAUCCAGUAAUACUAGUACUUGAUGGGACAUAUAUAUACCUACAAAAAAGUGGUAAUUUUACAUUCUCAAGAAGAUCAUUUAGUACUCAUAAACACAGGCCGUUGAUUAAACCUAUGAUAGUGGUUACUACAUCGGGGUACGUUGUUUCAGUGCUUGGGCCAUACCUAGCCGACUCCAAGAAUUCAGAUGCUAAGAUUUUGACGCAUAUGAUAGAAACCAACGUAGAGGAAAUUAAAGAUUGGAUAAAGGAGGAAGACAUAUUCAUUGUCGAUAGAGGGUUUAGGGAUGCGGAAACUCUACUCAACGACAUUGGAAUUCAUGUUGAAAUGCCUUCCUUUCUACCACGUGGAACAAAGCAACACACAACAGAAGAGUCUAAUGCAACACGUUUAGUUACAAAACUACGAUGGGUCGUCGAAAGUGUUAAUGGUAGAAUCAAAACCUGGAAUUACUUGGACAGAACCAUUCCCAUUAGCCAGAUACCACACAUCGGAGACUAUGUUCGGAUCAUUAGUGCCAUCUGCAAUAAAUUCAGGCCUGAUGUUAGUACAGGAUUAGAGAGUGACUUGUCGACAGCUGCGAAGAUGCGUUUUCUCUCCAAGGAAGUCAAUGUACUCAAGGAAUAUGUAGAGACAAAUGGUUUAGACAAAAGGGAAGUAAGGUGGCGGAAGAUUGACGCCAGCGACACAAGCAUUGCAUUUCCGCAACUGUCGGAAGAAGAAAUACGUGAAUUAACAAUGGGGGUAUAUCAGAUAAAACUAGCUAAAUCCUAUGCUCAGGAACAUCUGGAUAAAGAUGGCAACUAUGAAAUUUACGUCAACAAUGACCAUGAUGGAAUUCUACGCACAGAGAAAACCCAUCCAGGUGUAACAGCAAAAACCAGAAGGAUGGGCACUCAAAAGAGCCAAAUUCGGGGAGAUUUAGUUCAAAGUGAGGGAAUUCCUGUACAAUAUAUAUGUAAAUUGCGAAAAACAGCAAGAAGACCAAAAUGUUACAAGAUUGCUGCAAACCGGAGAGUUCGAAGGAAUGAUGAUGGCUUGAAACAGUUCAGCAGAGAUGAAUGGUUAACUUCGUCAGAUCAGGAGUCUGUUCGCUAG